GCAACAUAACGCAUUCAACAGCCAUGUCAUUGAAGUGGCUCUUCUUCAUAGCCCUAGUGGCGCUGCUCAGCAUUGGUACAGGUUCCCUGGCCCAGCCCAGCUGGCCCGCCACGCGGGCCAGACCUGCUCUGGAGCAGCAGAUGCGCCUCCAGCGCUUGAAUGCCAAAUACUAUGCCAUUCAGCAGGACGAAGAGGAUGGCGAUGACAUCCUGGAGCACGAAGAGGACCUGGCCGACGCUAGUGAGGACGAGGAGGGAGAUGAUAUCAAGGAUGGAGAGGAGGAGGAAGACGAAAAGGAGAACAAAAAACUGCAUACCAAAAAGGUGACCGCUAACAUCACACCCGCCAAGCCGAAGACUGAAGUCAAGCACAAGCUGGCGAAGGAGCAGGAGUCCAUCGAUGAACUGCAGGACCUUGAGGAGCCCGAGGACGAGGCCGAGGAGGAGCUGGAGCAGGAAAUCGACCUCUCACGCGUUGAGCCACGCAAUCGCCGACGCGGUGGCAGGCGGAACGGUAAGGGCCGACGCAAGGGGCGUGGAAGCAGUAAACGCAGGAGGGGAAACCGCAGGUGCGGCGGCAGGGGAAAGCGCGGCCGUCGUGGCCAACGGAAACGGACUCCUUCGAAGCGCAGCGGCCACAAGCGGCGAACGGGCUCGAAAACCAAGCGACAGGGUCAGAAAAACAAAACAGCCGCCAACAAGGAAGCUGUCGCGCCAUCAAACAAGGUGGCCUAACGCGCUGGACACUCCCACCUACAAAUGCAGCUUUAAAACUCAUUAAAACAGCAGCGAAAAUACUAAUAAAUAAACCACAACAAAA